AAUGCCACACUCAGCACGGCGCGCUCUGGAUUCUGUAGACUUUCACGUGAGAGAACGCGACAAAACCACGUAGUGCACAAUUCUCUUCAAGGGAGAGGUCUUGUUUAGGUUUGGCGCGGGAUGCUUUUUUCGGUGCGAAUGCGGCAUUUGCGGCACUAAGAUGAUUCCGUGGUCAUAUUUAGGAUGGUAAAGUCAUCUUGUUCUUUUUCGUCUUUUUUUUCACGCCAAGGCAUCAGCCCGAUUGCAGCGAAUGGGCAUAGUGGGCUAUAGUUCACUGCUAACUAAGAAAGUGCACGUCCGUUUGGGGGUCUGGCUCUGAGAAGAUGUAAGGAUCAACAAGCUAUUUUUCCCCAGUGGUUUCAAAACAAAAAUGCAGAAAGGAAUGCGACUCAAUGAUGGCCAUGUAACCUACCUGGGUCUUCUGGCAAAGAAAGAUGGCACGAGACGAGGCUGUUUGAGCAAAAAGAGCUCAGACAACACAAAAUGGCACACCAAGUGGUUCGCUUUGCUGCAGAAUAUGCUCUUUUAUUUUGAGAACGAAUCCAGCUCUCGCCCCUCUGGAUUAUACCUGUUGGAGGGUUGCGUUUGUGACAGGGCACCGUCGCCAAAGCCUUCCCUGUCGGCCAAGGAAUGUUUGGAAAAACAGUACUACUUCACCAUCAGCUUCAACCACGACAACCAGAAGGCCCUGGAGCUGCGCUCGGAGGACGUGAAGGACUGCGACGAGUGGGUGGCGGCAAUAACACACGCCAGUUACAGGAACCUGGCCACCGAGCAUGAGACCCUCAUGCAGAAGUAUCUCCACCUACUCCAGAUUGUGGAGACAGAGAAAACGGUUGCUAAGCAACUUCGACAACAGAUAGAGGAUGGGGAAAUCGAGAUCGAGCGACUAAAAUCAGAGAUUGCCGGGCUGCUGAAAGACAACGAGAAGAUCCAGGCCAACCCGACGGCCGCUCCCAGCGACGAUGACUCGGAGAUCAAGAAGAUCAAAAAAGUGCAGAGUUUCCUGCGCGGGUGGAUGUGUCGCAGGAAGUGGAAGACCAUCAUCCAGGACUACAUCCGCUCGCCGCACGCCGAGAGCAUGCGCAAGCGCAACCAGGUGGUGUUCAGCAUGCUGGAGGCGGAGGCCGAGUACGUGCAGCAGCUGCACAUCCUGGUCAACAACUUCCUGCGGCCGCUGCGCAUGGCCGCCAGCUCCAAGAAGCCCCCCAUCACCCACGACGACGUCAGCAGCAUCUUCCUGAACAGUGAGACCAUCAUGUUUCUGCACCAGAUAUUCUACCAGGGGUUGAAGGCGAGGAUAGCGAGCUGGCCAACGCUGGUUCUGGCCGACCUGUUCGACAUCCUGCUGCCCAUGCUGAACAUCUACCAGGAGUUUGUGCGCAACCACCAGUACAGCCUGCAGAUCCUGGCCCACUGCAAGCAGAACCGCGACUUCGACAAGCUGCUGAAGCAGUACGAGGCCAAGCCCGACUGCGAGGAGCGGACGCUGGAGACCUUCCUCACCUACCCCAUGUUCCAGAUCCCCCGCUACAUCCUGACCCUCCACGAGCUGCUGGCCCACACACCCCAUGAGCAUGUGGAGAGGAACAGCCUGGACUACGCCAAGUCCAAACUGGAGGAGCUGUCCAGAAUCAUGCACGACGAGGUCAGCGAGACGGAAAACAUCCGGAAGAACCUGGCCAUCGAGCGCAUGAUCGUGGAGGGCUGCGAGGUCCUCCUGGACACCAGCCAGACCUUCGUCCGACAAGGCUCUCUCAUCCAGGUCCCCAUGAGUGAGAAGGGGAAGAUCACACGCGGGCGCCUGGGCUCUCUGUCCCUGAAGAAGGAGGGGGAGAGGCAGUGCUUCCUCUUCUCCAAACACCUAAUCAUCUGCACCAGGGGCUCUGGGGGCAAACUGCACCUCACCAAGAACGGCGUGGUCUCGCUCAUCGACUGCACGCUGAUGGAGGAGACGGAGGGGACGGAGGACGAGACCAAAACGGACAAGAGCGGGCAGGACAUGGAGCACCUGGACUUCAAGGUGGUGGUGGAGCCCAAGGACAGCCAGUCCUUCACCGUCAUCCUGGUGGCCUCGUCACGACAGGAGAAAUCUGCCUGGACCAGCGACAUCAGUCAGUGCAUCGAUAACAUCAGGUGUAAUGGUCUGAUGAUGAACGCGUUUGAAGAGAACUCUAAAGUCACAGUGCCACAGAUGAUCAAGUCAGACACCAGCCUGUACUGCGAUGAUGUGGACAUCCGCUUCAGUAAGAUGAUGAACUCGUGCAAAGUGCUGCAGAUCCGCUACGCCAGCGUGGAGAGGCUGCUGGAGCGGCUCACUGACCUGCGCUUCCUGUCCAUCGACUUUCUCAACACCUUCCUGCACUCGUACAGGGUGUUCACCAGCGCCCACGUGGUGCUCGACAAGCUCAUCGCCAUCUACAAGAAGCCCAUCAGCGCCAUCCCCGCCCGGUCGCUGGAGCUGUUCUUCGCCAGCAGCCAGAACAACAAGCUGCUGUACGGCGAGCCCCCGAAAUCCCCGCGGGCCAGCCGCAAGUUCUCCUCCCCGCCCCCGCUCUCCAUCACCAAGUCCUCCUCCCCGAACCGCCGGCGCAAGCUGUCCCUCAACAUCCCCAUCAUCACGGGGGGCAAGGCCCUGGACCUGGCGGCCCUCGGCUGCUCCCCCAACGGCUAUGCAAGCAUGUACUCCAGCGUGUCUCCCUUCAGCAAGACCACGCUGGACAUCAACAAGCUCUACGUGUCCAGCUCCAUGGCCAACAAGAUGGCCGACGAGGCCGAGGGCACCAAGGCCGACAGGGCUGAGGAGCCGUCGCUGUGCAAACAAGACAUCUCCGAGAGGGAGGAGGGCGACAGCGAGCAGCACCAGAGCGACGAGGCCGAGCCAGAGACCUCCCCCACCAAGUCCCCCACCACCCCGAAAAACGUGAAGUGCAAAAACUCCUCAGAAUUCUCCCUGUUCUCCUACAACAACGGCAUGGUGGUGUCGUCCUGCCGGGAGCUGGACAGCACCCGCAGCGCCCUGUCAGCGGCCUCCGCCUUCGCCAUCGCCACUGCGGGCGCCAACGAGGGCACGCCCACCAAGGAGAAGUACCGCCGCAUGUCCCUGGCCAGCACGGGGUUUCCCACAGACCAGAGGAAUGGAGAUAAAGAGUUCAUCAUCCGCAGAGCUGCGACCAACCGGGUCCUCAACGUCCUGCGGCACUGGGUGUCCAAGCAUUCACAGGACUUUGAGACUAACACAGAGCUGAAGCAGAAGGUGAUCAGCUUCCUGGAGGAGGUGAUGCACGACCCCGAGCUCCUGACCCAGGAGAGGAAAGCAGCCGCCAACAUCAUCAGAACGCUGACCCAGGAAGAUCCAGGUGACAGCCAGCUUAGCAUGGAGGAGAUAGCGCAGCUGCAGGUUGAGUGUGUGAAGUCAGAGCCGUUUGAGUGCCACUCUGCCCUUGAGAUCGCUGAGCAGCUGACCCUGCUGGACCAUCUAGUGUUCAAGGUCAUCCCUUACGAAGAGUUCUUUGGCCAGGGCUGGAUGAAGACCGACAAAAAUGAGAAGACUCCCUACAUAAUGAAAACCACCAAGCAUUUCAACGAUAUAAGCAACCUGAUUGCCACGGAGAUCCUGCGCUGUGACGACGUCAACACGCGCGUGGCGGUGAUGGAGAAGUGGGUGGCGGUGGCGGACAUCUGCCGCUGCCUCCACAACUACAACGCCGUGCUGGAGAUCACCUCCUCCCUCAACCGGAGCUCCAUCUUCCGCCUCAAGAAGACCUGGCUGAAGGUCUCCAAGCAGACCAAAACGGUGAUUGACAAGCUGCAGAAGCUGGUAUCUUCUGAGGGACGGUUUAAGAACCUGCGGGAGGCUUUGAAGAACUGUGACCCGCCCUGUGUUCCUUACCUGGGGAUGUACCUGACUGACCUGGCCUUCAUCGAAGAGGGGACACCCAACUACACCGAGGACAACCUGGUCAACUUCUCCAAGAUGAGGAUGAUUUCUCACAUCAUCAGAGAAAUCAGACAGUUCCAGCAGACGGCUUAUAAGAUUGACUUCCAGCCGAAGGCUGCGCAGUAUCUGCUGGACAACAGCUCGGUGUUGGAUGAAGAGAGCUUGUACGAAGCGUCCCUCAGAAUCGAGCCCAAGGUGCCCAGCUAAGGAGGGCAGCGCUAACCCCAAAGGCUCCACGCUAUACAGACACUAUAUCAUAUGUACAUAAUCCUUUAUUUGUAUUAGACCAUCUUAGACCUAUCCUUCUAGUAUGUGUUUCUGAAAGGACUUGUGUAUCCUCGUUAUUUGAAGUUAACUAGAAACCUUAAAGACAUUUUUUUAUGUAAAGUUUUUGUGGGGGGGGAAUACACUUAGAAGCUUAUUUGUUAUUUACUGUUGUUUUGUCUGCAUUCAAUCAAAUAGUCAUUAUUUUAUACAAAAAAGAAGAAAAAAAAACUUUAAAGUAGAAAGAAACCAACUAGGGGUGGCUUGUACUGGGUCCCUGGGCAUAUGCCGUACCAACUCUUCGGGAGUUGUCACAUGUAAAGGUGUAUUUUAAUACUUCGCCAUUAAAUUUGAUUUCUAAAUUAUUUUUCAGAUCAAGUUCUUUACAUGGAGUUAAAUCCUGCACUUCCGAGUGAGGCUGAAGUGAUAGUGUGAUCACUCGUGUUCACGGGGAGAAAUGUCACCUUUUCUUUGAUGAAAAAAAGAUAUUUAUUUUGUUUAUGAGUUAACGCCAAUGAUGUAGCAAUGUAAAAAAAAAAAAAAAGAACGAAAAGAAUCGAAACAUUAAACGACAAUAUGUGAUUACAUGGAUAUGUGUGCCAAAAGUCUUUAAAAGGUAUACCCCCUAGCUAAUGAAACUACACGGGUCUGAGGUCUUACUGAACCCAGAUCAGUUUCUUUGUUUGCUGUUGGCUUUCGUUUGCCAGGAUUUCAUGAUUCACUGACAUUGAAGUCCACUCGUUUGCAUCUGGCAAUACAGUGGUGGCAGUCCAGCUGCGUUUGGAGGGGCAGCUGCUUUUGAUAGUUUUGCCAUUCUCACUUGAUUGCAUCUAACCUGACAGAAUUGCCUUGUGCUCCUCUUAUGAAAUUGGCUGUCAUGCAAUCUUGCUUUACUAAUAAGCCGGUGCGCUGGUGAAACCAGGAGCAUGCUUUUACGUUUCGGAGGAACCAUCCAGAAAGGUUUCUUUUCGGCAAACAGGAAUCAGGUUGGAUGGCACCACCUAUAUGCACUGCGACAAUAACAAAAUAUUAUUAUUUUAUGAUUAUUUUAAAGCAGAACUUUUUAAAUGACCUUUUUGUUGUUCUUGACAUGAUUUGGUGUAAAGUUAUUAAGAAAAUGGUAACUUUAGAAGAAAAAACAAUCAGCUGAAGAUGGGUAGAGAUGGGAGAGUGAGGUUCCAUGGGUUCCAAAAUUGGCUCUGUAACUUGCGCUAUGUGUUGACUAUUUUGAACCAAUCAUAAUGAAGGUAAUUUGAUUCUGGUUCUUAUGAGUCGAUGAUUGAUGACCCAUGGUAGCUCUCCAUAUUGAGAUUCAUGAAGAGUGACCUCCCCAUGACUGCUGGUGUAUGGUCUUUACUUUAAUUGGUCAAGCUUGUUAAUAAUGAAAGUGACCAAUCAAAAACACUUUCAGGAUGAAUGUUAAAGGGAAAUCCUCUGUUUUUGUAAUUUUUUACUCGACGGCAUACUUUGGCACAGCUCAGCUAUGUUUGCAGUUGUUAAAGCUUUCAAGCCUUUUCAGUCUAGGUAGGACUCAUUUUUCAGUCUAAACCAUAAAAGUGAGGAAUUGACUUUUCGUUCAACAUGAGCAAGACCCAAAAAUAUUGCAUGUUUUGAAAGCUUUUGCAGAUCAGAGGUAGACUCUUACAUGUUUUUAAGUGCUUUGUUGUGAUCUGAUGGGUCAGGCAGCUGAUUUAAUGUGAGCAGAGAUCAGUACACAGUAAUGUAACCCUGCAGUCUUCUGUCCUUAUUGAAACAUUGAUAUCAUUCAACCUGUAGUCAAGAUACUGUUUGACCAGCUUACCAUUUGAGCUUUAACAACCGUUAAAAAAACUCCAGUACAGGUUCAUAAAAACAGGUUCACAAUGCUAUUGGAUGAUAGAACUACUCCACUAUUGGAUAAUAACUGGGGAAAACACAGAGUGCAGUGUUUGGUAGAUGAAAUGCAUGAAGUGACUGUGCUUUUAACAUAUGUGAAUAACCUAUUGACUGUGCACCUUUAUUAAUCUGCACAAGUAUACCAUUGUUGAAACUUGAAUGCUGCAAGUUUUUUAUUUUGUUUUUUUUUAGAUACAAAAAGACUUUGUUCCAGUAUAUCAAUGUUUAAAUAAGGAAAAGAUGCACAAAUCUUUACUGUGGGCUUAUAUUGGCAUAUAUUGGUAUUCCCAUUUUUCAUUUGUAGCAAACUAAGAGGAGUGCAGUAAUUUGCAGUGCAGUAAUUUGGUACAUAUGAAAUAUUGAUCAGCAUUGGGUAUGUGUUUUGUCCGUUCAUAGUAGGAGUUUUACACUGCUGGAAUGAUGAUACUGGGCUCUUAAAUGUGGAUGAAUCACCUGACAGUGUAAUAAAGUGGUACCUCAGUGUAGUCAGUUAAACAAUGCUUUGAUCUUUGGAUUGGGUGGAGAAACCUACCAAUGACAGCCAAAACAGGAAAGCUGACUCUUUCUUUGACCCUGCAGGAGUAUCUGACUCUCAGUGCUGGGGUGUCUGACUCUUAAUGCUGGAGUGUCUGACUCCUCGUUUAAAGGUGUCUGAUUCUUAAUGCAGCAGUGUCAUGCUUGUUUGGUUUCAGCCAGCUGUCCUGAAUUGACUGGUUCACAAAGAUUAACCAGCAAUACAAAUUUAGUUAAAAGAAAAAAAAUCCUGUCAGUAUAUUUAAUUAGCACAGUGCACAAGUAUAAAUUGUUGUUUACAAUUCUAAAAAACUGAAAUUGAAGCAAAACGAAGUUAGACACUUCUGCAUUAAUACAAAUUGGGAGGAACAUUUAUUUAUUUAUUUAUUUGUAUUCUAUUAUGGGUGAAGAUGCAGUAUUUAUUGAUUAGGCAAUAAAGUGCACUGAGAGAGGGGGAAGGGGAUAGAGAUAGAAUGAGAAAGAGAGAAAAAUCUGUAGUUCUGCAAGAGAUUUAAAUAGUGAACAGAUCUUGUCAUACAUUGUUGACAAAACCAUGUACUGCUUUAUGUCGAUAUGACAGGAGAAACUGCAAAGGCAGCACAGAGCAGGUUAGCUCAGUUAAUUAUUAGCGCAUAGUAAUUCAGAAACAAUACAGCCCAAUUAUCCUUACAUCAUGACUCUGUAAGAGAGGAUUUGGCCUCUACAUAGAGUGGAGGAUGUGAACUCUCUCCAGUGACUGGAACACAACUCAUUGUCACACAGUCAAUUGGAUUGUUUUUAAGUAAUAUUUCAGAAGCAAAAAGCAAAACAAACAGUAUGACUGCGUAAGAUUUUUGAUGGUAUUUUUGUAAUGUGGCAUAAAAAUGAGGAAAAGGGAAGAUAUUGCAUCUAUGAGGGAAAAUUAAAAGUUGUAUUUUAUAUAAACUUGCCAAUUCACACAACAGAAAUGUACGCUGUAUAUUUUGUACAUGCAGCCUGCCAUAUAUAUCUUCGAAGAUAUAUAUUUAUAUUUAUCUUGUGUAACCGUGUAAAGCACACCAUCUUUACAGCAUUAUAUCCCCGUAUGCUUACAAACCUAAAAUGCGAAAAAAAUUGUGAUAUGUAGAUCCAUGAUUUAGAAGUAGAAGACAACCUUAAAAGUGUUUUUGCAUUUACUGUAAUCCUGUCUAUAAUCACUAUCUUAGCAGGAAUAUAGUAAUGUAGUGCUUAUUCUGUGAAUAUUUGUAGGUAUUUUUACUAUGUACAGUAUAGAAACACAUUCACCACUCCACUGGCUGGCAUGCACCACUGUAACAAACAGAAUCUUUAAAAAAGUUUAACAUCUAUAUAUAUUUAGCUACAGUUAUAUAUACAUACUGUACACACAUAUACAUGCACAUACACUUAUAAAUAAUACAUAUAUUAACAUACAAACGUUUUGCUGUGAGCAAUACCCAGUGGUAUGAGAGUUAUCUUUCAAUCCUUAAGUUUAUUUCCACAGCUUGAGAUAUAUUUCCAGUUUUGUAUAAAAAUGUAAUGUUUCCUGAUUACCUCUUGCUAAUAAAUCUAUUCUAUCUCAGGGG